AUGACGUCAGAUCCCACCAGAGAGAGAGAGAAAGAGAGAGAGAAAGAAGAAAGAAUAGGUUUGCUUACGAACAAGAUGGAGAAAGAAGAGUUAAAGCCAGGGGAUCAUAUCUACACUUACCGAGCAGUCUUCGCUUAUUCUCACCAUGGGAUCUUUGUCGGUGGGUCCAAAGUUGUUCAUUUCAGACCUGAACACAACCCCAUGGAGUCAUCAUCAUCAUUAUCAAUAUCAUCUUCCUCUGAUGAUAUUUGCUCGAUAUUUCCUGAUUGCGGUUUCAGACAACCAGACAGUGGAGGAGUCAUUUCUUGCUUAGACUGUUUCCUCAAGAACGGUUCACUCUACUGCUUCGAAUAUGGAGUCAGUCCACCGGUUUUUCUCACCAAAGUCCGCGGAGGCACUUGCACAACCGCACAAUCUGAUCCAAUUGAUUUAGUCAUCCACAGGGCAAUGUACCUUCUACAAAACGGAUUUGGCAACUAUGACAUUUUCAAGAACAACUGUGAGGAUUUUGCGCUCUACUGCAAGACGGGUUUGCUUAUAAUGGAUAAGCUAGGUGUAGGGAGAAGCGGUCAAGCUUCUUCAAUUGUUGGUGCUCCUUUGGCUGCAAUUCUCUCUUCUCCUUUCAAAUUACUGAUUCCAAAUCCCAUUGGUGUAGCUACAGUUACUGCUGGAAUGUAUUGUAUUAGCCGAUAUGCUACUGACAUUGGUGUUAGAAGUGACGUCAUUAAGGUUUCAGUUGAGGAUUUGGCUCUCAACCUUGACGUGAAGACCAUUGAAGAAGAAGAAGAAGAUUCUGAUACCAAGUAUCUUAGGUGACAAACUCACACAUCUCUUCUACAAUACCAGAUUAAAAAAAAAAAAAACUCUGUUGAAAUCCUCAGCUUGUUGUGUAUUAUUUUUCAAAUGUUAGUAAUGUAAAAUUUGACUUUUAGCAAAGACUAAAAAAUAAAGUUGCAAAUUCUAAUAACGUAUGUUUGUA